AUGACGCCUGCUGAUAUUCAGCAUAUUUCACCACCUGAAGGAGAUGUUGAACACUUGAGUAAUCUUCCUUCAGGGUGCUGUGAGGGCGUCGUAGUUCCGCCGCUGGCGGGCGGCGUUGGCUGCGUGCACUGCCCGCCGUGCGCCGUGGCGCAGGAUCAAUACAGGCAGGCGAGAGGGCAGGCGGGUGGCAGCGGCGGAGGCGGCGAGAGGGCAGGCGGGCGGCAGUGGCGGAGGCGGCGAGAGGACAGGCGGGCGGCAGCGGCAGAGGCGGCGAGAGGGCAGGCGGGCGGCAGCGGCGGAGGCGGCGAGAGGGCAGGCGGGCGGCAGUGGCGGAGGCGGCGAGAGGGCAGGCGUGUGGCAGCGGCGAGAGGGCAGGCGUGUGGCAGCGGCGGAGGCGGCGAGAGGACAGGCGGGCGGCAGCGGCAGAGGCGGCGAGAGGGCAGGCGGGCGGCAGUGGCGGAGGCGGCGAGAGGACAGGCGGGCGGCAGCGGCAGAGGCGGCGAGAGGGCAGGCGGGCGGCAGCGGCGGAGGCGGCGAGAGGGCAGGCGGGCGGCAGUGGCGGAGGCGGCGAGAGGGCAGGCGUGUGGCAGCGGCGAGAGGGCAGGCGUGUGGCAGCGGCGGAGGCGGCGAGAGGGCAGGCGGGCGGCAGCGGCGGAGGCGGCGAGAGGGCAGGCGGGCGGCAGCGGCAGAGGCGGCGAGAGGGCAGCGGGCGGCAGCGGCAGAGGCGGCGAGAGGGCAGGCGGGCGGCAGCGGCAGAGGCGGCGAGAGGGCAGGCGGGCGGCAGCGGCGGAGGCGGCGAGAGGGCAGGCGGGCGGCAGCGGCAGAGGCGGCGAGAGGGCAGCGGGCGGCAGCGGCAGAGGCGGCGAGAGGGCAGCGGGCGGCAGCGGCAGAGGCGGCGAGAGGGCAGGCGGGCGGCAGCGGCAGAGGCGGCGAGAGGGCAGCGGGCGGCAGCGGCAGAGGCGGCGAGAGGGCAGGCGGGCGUCAGCGGCAGAGGCGGCGAGAGGGCAGGCGGGCGGCAGCGGCGGAGGCGGCGAGAGGGCAGGCGGGCGGCAGCGGCAGAGGCGGCGAGAGGGCAGGCGGGCGGCAGCGGCGGAGGCGGCGAGAGGGCAGGCGGGCGGCAGCGGCAGAGGCGGCGAGAGGGCAGGCAGGCGGGCGGCAGCGGCGGAGGCGGCGAGAGGGCAGGCGGGCGGCAGCGGCAGAGGCGGCGAGAGGGCAGGCGGGCGGCAGCGGCGGAGGCGGCGAGAGGGCAGGCGGGCGGCAGCGGCAGAGGCGGCGAGAGGGCAGCGGGCGGCAGCGGCAGAGGCGGCGAGAGGGCAGCGGGCGGCAGCGGCAGAGGCGGCGAGAGGGCAGGCGGGCGGCAGCGGCAGAGGCGGCGAGAGGGCAGCGGGCGGCAGCGGCAGAGGCGGCGAGAGGGCAGGCGGGCGUCAGCGGCAGAGGCGGCGAGAGGGCAGGCGGGCGGCAGCGGCGGAGGCGGCGAGAGGGCAGGCGGGCGGCAGUGGCAGAGGCGGCGAGAUGGCAGGCGGGCGGCAGCGGCGGAGGCGGCGAGAGGGCAGGCGGGCGGCAGCGGCAGAGGCGGCGAGAGGGCAGGCAGGCGGGCGGCAGCGGCGGAGGCGGCGAGAGGGCAGGCGGGCGGCAGCGGCAGAGGCGGCAAGAGGGCAGGCGGGCGGCAGUGGCGGAGGCGGCGAGAGGGCAGCGGGCGGCAGCGGCAGAGGCGGCGAGAGGGCAGGCGGGCGUCAGCGGCAGAGGCGGCGAGAGGGCAGGCGGGCGGCAGCGGCAGAGGCGGCGAGAGGGCAGGCGGGCGGCAGCGGCAGAGGCGGCGAGAGGGCAGGCGGGCGGCAGCGGCGGAGGCGGCGAGAGGGCAGGCGGGCGGCAGCGGCAGAGGCGGCGAGAGGGCAGGCAGGCGGGCGGCAGCGGCGGAGGCGGCGAGAGGGCAGGCGGGCGGCAGCGGCAGAGGCGGCGAGAGGGCAGGCGGGCGGCAGUGGCGGAGGCGGCGAGAGGGCAGCGGGCGGCAGCGGCAGAGGCGGCGAGAGGGCAGGCGGGCGUCAGCGGCAGAGGCGGCGAGAGGGCAGGCGGGCGGCAGCGGCGGAGGCGGCGAGAGGGCAGGCGGGCGGCAGCGGCAGAGGCGGCGAGAGGGCAGGCGGGCGGCAGCGGCGGAGGCGGCGAGAGGGCAGGCGGGCGGCAGCGGCAGAGGCGGCGAGAGGGCAGGCAGGCGGGCGGCAGCGGCGGAGGCGGCGAGAGGGCAGGCGGGCGGCAGCGGCAGAGGCGGCGAGAGGGCAGGCGGGCGGCAGCGGCAGAGGCGGCGAGAGGGCAGGCGGGCGGCAGCGGCGGAGGCGGCGAGAGGGCAGGCGGGCGGCAGCGGCAGAGGCGGCGAGAGGGCAGGCGGGCGGCAGCGGCGGAGGCGGCGAGAGGGCAGGCGGGCGGCAGCGGCAGAGGCGGCGAGAGGGCAGGCGGGCGGCAGCGGCGGAGGCGGCGAGAGGGCAGGCGGGCGGCAGCGGCAGAGGCGGCGAGAGGGCAGGCGGGCGGCAGCGGCAGAGGCGGCGAGAGGGCAGGCGGGCGGCAGCGGCGGAGGCGGCGAGAGGGCAGGCGGGCGGCAGCGGCAGAGGCGGCGAGAGGGCAGGCGGGCGGCAGCGGCGGAGGCGGCGAGAGGGCAGGCGGGCGGCAGCGGCAGAGGCGGCGAGAGGGCAGGCGGGCGGCAGCGGCGGAGGCGGCGAGAGGGCAGGCGGGCGGCAGCGGCAGAGGCGGCGAGAGGGCAGGCAGGCGGGCGGCAGCGGCGGAGGCGGCGAGAGGGCAGGCGGGCGGCAGUGGCGGAGGCGGCGAGAGGGCAGGCGGGCGGCAGCGGCAGAGGCGGCGAGAGGGCAGGCGGGCGGCAGCGGCAGAGGCGGCGAGAGGGCAGCGGGCGGCAGCGGCAGAGGCGGCGAGAGGGCAGGCAGGCGGGCGGCAGCGGCGGAGGCGGCGAGAGGGCAGGCGGGCGGCAGCGGCAGAGGCGGCGAGAGGGCAGGCGGGCGGGCGGCAGCGGCGGAGGCGGCGAGAGGGCAGGCGGGCGGCAGCGGCGGAGGCGGCGAGAGGGCAGGCGGGCGGCAGCGGCGGAGGCGGCGAGAGGGCAGGCGGGCGGCAGCGGCAGAGGCGGCGAGAGGGCAGCGGGCGGCAGCGGCAGAGGCGGCGAGAGGGCAGGCAGGCGGGCGGCAGCGGCGGAGGCGGCGAGAGGGCAGGCGGGCGGCAGCGGCAGAGGCGGCGAGAGGGCAGGCGGGCGGGCGGCAGCGGCGGAGGCGGCGAGAGGGCAGGCGGGCGGCAGCGGCGGAGGCGGCGAGAGGGCAGGCGGGCGGCAGCGGCGGAGGCGGCGAGAGGGCAGGCGGGCGGCAGCGGCAGAGGCGGCGAGAGGGCAGGCAGGCGGGCGGCAGCGGCGGAGGCGGCGAGAGGGCAGGCGGGCGGCAGCGGCAGAGGCGGCGAGAGGGCAGGCGGGCGGCAGCGGCAGAGGCGGCGAGAGGGCAGGCGGGCGGCAGCGGCGGAGGCGGCGAGAGGGCAGGCGGGCGGCAGCGGCAGAGGCGGCGAGAGGGCAGGCGGGCGGCAGCGGCGGAGGCGGCGAGAGGGCAGGCGGGCGGCAGCGGCAGAGGCGGCGAGAGGGCAGGCGGGCGGCAGCGGCGGAGGCGGCGAGAGGGCAGGCGGGCGGCAGCGGCAGAGGCGGCGAGAGGGCAGGCAGGCGGGCGGCAGCGGCGGAGGCGGCGAGAGGGCAGGCGGGCGGCAGCGGCAGAGGCGGCGAGAGGGCAGGCGGGCGGCAGCGGCGGAGGCGGCGAGAGGGCAGGCGGGCGGCAGCGGCAGAGGCGGCGAGAGGGCAGCGGGCGGCAGCGGCAGAGGCGGCGAGAGGGCAGCGGGCGGCAGCGGCAGAGGCGGCGAGAGGGCAGGCGGGCGGCAGCGGCAGAGGCGGCGAGAGGGCAGCGGGCGGCAGCGGCAGAGGCGGCGAGAGGGCAGGCGGGCGUCAGCGGCAGAGGCGGCGAGAGGGCAGGCGGGCGGCAGCGGCGGAGGCGGCGAGAGGGCAGGCGGGCGGCAGCGGCAGAGGCGGCGAGAGGGCAGGCGGGCGGCAGCGGCGGAGGCGGCGAGAGGGCAGGCGGGCGGCAGCGGCAGAGGCGGCGAGAGGGCAGGCAGGCGGGCGGCAGCGGCGGAGGCGGCGAGAGGGCAGGCGGGCGGCAGCGGCAGAGGCGGCGAGAGGGCAGGCGGGCGGCAGCGGCAGAGGCGGCGAGAGGGCAGGCGGGCGGCAGCGGCGGAGGCGGCGAGAGGGCAGGCGGGCGGCAGCGGCAGAGGCGGCGAGAGGGCAGGCGGGCGGCAGCGGCGGAGGCGGCGAGAGGGCAGGCGGGCGGCAGCGGCAGAGGCGGCGAGAGGGCAGGCGGGCGGCAGCGGCGGAGGCGGCGAGAGGGCAGGCGGGCGGCAGCGGCAGAGGCGGCGAGAGGGCAGGCGGGCGGCAGCGGCAGAGGCGGCGAGAGGGCAGGCGGGCGGCAGCGGCGGAGGCGGCGAGAGGGCAGGCGGGCGGCAGCGGCAGAGGCGGCGAGAGGGCAGGCGGGCGGCAGCGGCGGAGGCGGCGAGAGGGCAGGCGGGCGGCAGCGGCAGAGGCGGCGAGAGGGCAGGCGGGCGGCAGCGGCGGAGGCGGCGAGAGGGCAGGCGGGCGGCAGCGGCAGAGGCGGCGAGAGGGCAGGCAGGCGGGCGGCAGCGGCGGAGGCGGCGAGAGGGCAGGCGGGCGGCAGUGGCGGAGGCGGCGAGAGGGCAGGCGGGCGGCAGCGGCAGAGGCGGCGAGAGGGCAGGCGGGCGGCAGCGGCAGAGGCGGCGAGAGGGCAGCGGGCGGCAGCGGCAGAGGCGGCGAGAGGGCAGGCAGGCGGGCGGCAGCGGCGGAGGCGGCGAGAGGGCAGGCGGGCGGCAGCGGCAGAGGCGGCGAGAGGGCAGGCGGGCGGGCGGCAGCGGCGGAGGCGGCGAGAGGGCAGGCGGGCGGCAGCGGCGGAGGCGGCGAGAGGGCAGGCGGGCGGCAGCGGCGGAGGCGGCGAGAGGGCAGGCGGGCGGCAGCGGCAGAGGCGGCGAGAGGGCAGCGGGCGGCAGCGGCAGAGGCGGCGAGAGGGCAGGCAGGCGGGCGGCAGCGGCGGAGGCGGCGAGAGGGCAGGCGGGCGGCAGCGGCAGAGGCGGCGAGAGGGCAGGCGGGCGGGCGGCAGCGGCGGAGGCGGCGAGAGGGCAGGCGGGCGGCAGCGGCGGAGGCGGCGAGAGGGCAGGCGGGCGGCAGCGGCGGAGGCGGCGAGAGGGCAGGCGGGCGGCAGCGGCAGAGGCGGCGAGAGGGCAGGCAGGCGGGCGGCAGCGGCGGAGGCGGCGAGAGGGCAGGCGGGCGGCAGCGGCAGAGGCGGCGAGAGGGCAGGCGGGCGGCAGCGGCAGAGGCGGCGAGAGGGCAGGCGGGCGGCAGCGGCGGAGGCGGCGAGAGGGCAGGCGGGCGGCAGCGGCAGAGGCGGCGAGAGGGCAGGCGGGCGGCAGCGGCGGAGGCGGCGAGAGGGCAGGCGGGCGGCAGCGGCAGAGGCGGCGAGAGGGCAGGCGGGCGGCAGCGGCGGAGGCGGCGAGAGGGCAGGCGGGCGGCAGCGGCAGAGGCGGCGAGAGGGCAGGCAGGCGGGCGGCAGCGGCGGAGGCGGCGAGAGGGCAGGCGGGCGGCAGCGGCAGAGGCGGCGAGAGGGCAGGCGGGCGGCAGCGGCGGAGGCGGCGAGAGGGCAGGCGGGCGGCAGCGGCAGAGGCGGCGAGAGGGCAGCGGGCGGCAGCGGCAGAGGCGGCGAGAGGGCAGCGGGCGGCAGCGGCAGAGGCGGCGAGAGGGCAGGCGGGCGGCAGCGGCAGAGGCGGCGAGAGGGCAGCGGGCGGCAGCGGCAGAGGCGGCGAGAGGGCAGGCGGGCGUCAGCGGCAGAGGCGGCGAGAGGGCAGGCGGGCGGCAGCGGCGGAGGCGGCGAGAGGGCAGGCGGGCGGCAGCGGCAGAGGCGGCGAGAGGGCAGGCGGGCGGCAGCGGCGGAGGCGGCGAGAGGGCAGGCGGGCGGCAGCGGCAGAGGCGGCGAGAGGGCAGGCAGGCGGGCGGCAGCGGCGGAGGCGGCGAGAGGGCAGGCGGGCGGCAGCGGCAGAGGCGGCGAGAGGGCAGGCGGGCGGCAGUGGCGGAGGCGGCGAGAGGGCAGCGGGCGGCAGCGGCAGAGGCGGCGAGAGGGCAGGCGGGCGUCAGCGGCAGAGGCGGCGAGAGGGCAGGCGGGCGGCAGCGGCAGAGGCGGCGAGAGGGCAGGCGGGCGGCAGCGGCAGAGGCGGCGAGAGGGCAGGCGGGCGGCAGCGGCAGAGGCGGCGAGAGGGCAGGCAGGCGGGCGGCAGCGGCGGAGGCGGCGAGAGGGCAGCGGGCGGCAGCGGCAGAGGCGGCGAGAGGGCAGGCGGGCGUCAGCGGCAGAGGCGGCGAGAGGGCAGGCGGGCGGCAGCGGCGGAGGCGGCGAGAGGGCAGGCGGGCGGCAGCGGCAGAGGCGGCGAGAGGGCAGGCGGGCGGCAGCGGCGGAGGCGGCGAGAGGGCAGGCGGGCGGCAGCGGCAGAGGCGGCGAGAGGGCAGGCAGGCGGGCGGCAGCGGCGGAGGCGGCGAGAGGGCAGGCGGGCGGCAGCGGCAGAGGCGGCGAGAGGGCAGGCGGGCGGCAGCGGCAGAGGCGGCGAGAGGGCAGGCGGGCGGCAGCGGCGGAGGCUGCGAGAGGGCAGGCGGGCGGCAGCGGCAGAGGCGGCGAGAGGGCAGCGGGCGGCAGCGGCAGAGGCGGCGAGAGGGCAGGCGGGCGGAGCGGCGGAGGCGGCGAGAGGGCAGGCGGGCGGCAGCGGCGGAGGCGGCGAGAGGGCAGGCGGGCGGCAGCGGCAGAGGCGGCGAGAGGGCAGGCGGGCGGCAGCGGCGGAGGCGGCGAGAGGGCAGGCGGGCGGCAGCGGCAGAGGCGGCGAGAGGGCAGGCGGGCGGCAGCGGCAGAGGCGGCGAGAGGGCAGGCGGGCGGCAGCGGCGGAGGCGGCGAGAGGGCAGGCGGGCGGCAGCGGCGGAGGCGGCGAGAGGGCAGGCGGGCGGCAGCGGCAGAGGCGGCGAGAGGGCAGCGGGCGGCAGCGGCAGAGGCGGCGAGAGGGCAGGCGGGCGGCAGCGGCAGAGGCGGCGAGAGGGCAGGCGGGCGGCAGCGGCGGAGGCGGCGAGAGGGCAGGCGGGCGGCAGCGGCAGAGGCGGCGAGAGGGCAGGCGGGCGGCAGCGGCAGAGGCGGCGAGAGGGCAGGCGGGCGGCAGCGGCGGAGGCGGCGAGAGGGCAGGCGGGCGGCAGCGGCAGAGGCGGCGAGAGGGCAGCGGGCGGCAGCGGCAGAGGCGGCGAGAGGGCAGGCGGGCGGCAGCGGCGGAGGCGGCGAGAGGGCAGGCGGGCGGCAGCGGCAGAGGCGGCGAGAGGGCAGGCGGGCGGCAGCGGCAGAGGCGGCGAGAGGGCAGGCAGGCGGGCGGCAGCGGCAGAGGCGGCGAGAGGGCAGGCGGGCGGCAGCGGCAGAGGCGGCGAGAGGGCAGGCGGGCGGCAGCGGCGGAGGCGGCGAGAGGGCAGGCGGGCGGCAGCGGCAGAGGCGGCGAGAGGGCAGGCGGGCGGCAGCGGCGGAGGCGGCGAGAGGGCAGGCGGGCGGCAGCGGCAGAGGCGGCGAGAGGGCAGCGGGCGGCAGCGGCAGAGGCGGCGAGAGGGCAGGCGGGCGGAGCGGCGGAGGCGGCGAGAGGGCAGGCGGGCGGCAGCGGCGGAGGCGGCGAGAGGGCAGGCGGGCGGCAGCGGCAGAGGCGGCGAGAGGGCAGCGGGCGACAGCGGCAGAGGCGGCGAGAGGGCAGGCGGGCGGAGCGGCGGAGGCGGCGAGAGGGCAGGCGGGCGGCAGCGGCGGAGGCGGCGAGAGGGCAGGCGGGCGGCAGCGGCGGAGGCGGCGAGAGGGCAGGCGGGCGGAGCGGCGGAGGCGGCGAGAGGGCAGGCGGGCGGCAGCGGCGGAGGCGGCGAGAGGGCAGGCGGGCGGAGCGGCGGAGGCGGCGAGAGGGCAGCGGGCGGCAGCGGCGGAGGCGGCGAGAGGGCAGCGGGCGGCAGCGGCGGAGGCGGCGAGAGGGCAGGCGGGCGGAGCGGCGGAGGCGGCGAGAGGGCAGGCGGGCGGCAGCGGCAGAGGCGGCGAGAGGGCAGGCAGGCGGGCGGCAGCGGCGGAGGCGGCGAGAGGGCAGGCGGGCGGCAGCGGCAGAGGCGGCGAGAGGGCAGCGGGCGGCAGCGGCAGAGGCGGCGAGAGGGCAGGCGGGCGGCAGCGGCAGAGGCGGCGAGAGGGCAGGCGGGCGGAGCGGCGGAGGCGGCGAGAGGGCAGGCGGGCGGCAGCGGCAGAGGCGGCGAGAGGGCAGGCGGGCGGAGCGGCGGAGGCGGCGAGAGGGCAGGCGGGCGGAGCGGCAGAGGCGGCGAGAGGGCAGGCGGGCGGCAGCGGCAGAGGCGGCGAGAGGGCAGCGGGCGGCAGCGGCAGAGGCGGCGAGAGGGCAGGCGGGCGGAGCGGCGGAGGCGGCGAGAGGGCAGGCGGGCGGCAGCGGCAGAGGCGGCGAGAGGGCAGGCGGGCAGAGCGGCGGAGGCGGCGAGAGGGCAGGCGGGUGGCAGUGGCGGAGGCGGCGAGAGGGCAGGCGGGCGGCAGCGGCGGAGGCGGCGAGAGGGCAGGCGGGCGGCAGCGGCGGAGGCGGCGAGAGGGCAGGCGGGCGGCAGUGGCAGAGGCGGCGAGAGGGCUGGCGGGCGGCAGCGGCGGAGGCGGUGAGAGGGCAGGCGGGCGGCAGCGGCGGAGGCGGCGAGAGGUCAGGCGGGCGGCGGCGGCAGAGGCGGCGAGAGGGCAGCGGGCGGCGGCGGCGGAGGCGGCGAGAGGGCAGGCGGGCGGAGCGGCGGAGGCGGCGAGAGGGCAGGUGGGCGGAGCGGCGGAGGCGGCGAGAGGGCAGGCGGGCGGCAGCGGCGGAGGCGGCGAGAGGGCAGGCGGGCGGAGCCGCGGAGGCGGCGAGAGGGCAGGUGGGCGGAGCGGCGGAGGCGGCGAGAGGGCAGGCGGGCGGCAGUGGCGGAGGCGGCGAGAGGGAGGGAGGGCGGAGCGGCGGAGGCGGCGAGAGGGCAGGCGGGCGGAGCGGCGGAGGCGGCGAGAGGGCAGGCGGGCGGCAGCGGCGGAGGCGGCGAGAGGGCAGGCGGGCGGAGCGGCGGAGGCGGCGAGAGGGCAGGCGGGCGGAGCGGCAGAGGCGGCGAGAGGGCAGGCGGGCGGCAGCGGCAGAGGCGGCGAGAGGGCAGCGGGCGGCAGCGGCAGAGGCGGCGAGAGGGCAGGCGGGCGGAGCGGCGGAGGCGGCGAGAGGGCAGGCGGGCGGCAGCGGCAGAGGCGGCGAGAGGGCAGGCGGGCGGCAGCGGCGGAGGCGGCGAGAGGGCAGGCGGGCGGCAGCGGCGGAGGCGCCGAGAGGGCAGGCGGGCGGCAGCGGCGGAGGCGGCGAGAGGGCAGGCGGGCGGCAGUGGCGGAGGCGGCGAGAGGGCAGGCGGGCGGAGCGGCGGAGCCGGCGAGAGGGCAGGUGGGCGGCAGUGGCGGAGGCGGCGAGAGGGCAGGCGGGCGGCAGUGGCGGAGGCGGCGAGAGGGCAGGCGGGCGGAGCGGCAGAGGCGGCGAGAGGGCAGGCGGGCGGCAGCGGCAGAGGCGGCGAGAGGGCAGCGGGCGGCAGCGGCAGAGGCGGCGAGAGGGCAGGCGGGCGGAGCGGCGGAGGCGGCGAGAGGGCAGGCGGGCGGCAGCGGCAGAGGCGGCGAGAGGGCAGGCGGGCAGAGCGGCGGAGGCGGCGAGAGGGCAGGCGGGUGGCAGUGGCGGAGGCGGCGAGAGGGCAGGCGGGCGGCAGCGGCGGAGGCGGCGAGAGGGCAGGCGGGCGGCAGCGGCGGAGGCGGCGAGAGGGCAGGCGGGCGGCAGCGGCAGAGGCGGCGAGAGGGCAGGCGGGCGGCAGCGGCGGAGGCGGCGAGAGGGCAGGCGGGCGGCAGCGGCGGAGGCGGCGAGAGGUCAGGCGGGCGGCAGCGGCGGAGGCGGCGAGAGGGCAGCGGGCGGCGGCGGCGGAGGCGGCGAGAGGGCAGGCGGGCGGAGCGGCGGAGGCGGCGAGAGGGCAGGUGGGCGGAGCGGCGGAGGCGGCGAGAGGGCAGGCGGGCGGCAGCGGCGGAGGCGGCGAGAGGGCAGGCGGGCGGAGCGGCGGAGGCGGCGAGAGGGCAGGUGGGCGGAGCGGCGGAGGCGGCGAGAGGGCAGGCGGGCGGCAGUGGCGGAGGCGGCGAGAGGGCAGGAGGGCGGAGCGGCGGAGGCGGCGAGAGGGCAGGCGGGCGGCAGCGGCAGAGGCGGCGAGAGGGCAGGCGGGCGGAGCGGCGGAGGCGGCGAGAGGGCAGGCGGGCGGAGCGGCAGAGGCGGCGAGAGGGCAGGCGGGCGGCAGCGGCAGAGGCGGCGAGAGGGCAGCGGGCGGCAGCGGCAGAGGCGGCGAGAGGGCAGGCGGGCGGAGCGGCGGAGGCGGCGAGAGGGCAGGCGGGCGGCAGCGGCAGAGGCGGCGAGAGGGCAGGCGGGCGGCAGCGGCGGAGGCGGCGAGAGGGCAGGCGGGCGGCAGCGGCGGAGGCGCCGAGAGGGCAGGCGGGCGGCAGCGGCGGAGGCGGCGAGAGGGCAGGCGGGCGGCAGUGGCGGAGGCGGCGAGAGGGCAGGCAGGCGGAGCGGCGGAGGCGGCGAGAGGGCAGGUGGGCGGCAGUGGCGGAGGCGGCGAGAGGGCAGGCGGGCGGAGCGGCGGAGGUGGCGAGAGGGCAGGCGGGCGGCAGCGGCGGAGGCGGCGAGAGGGCAGGCGGGCGGCAGUGGCGGAGGCGGCGAGAGGGCAGGCGGGCAGAGCGGCGGAGGCGGCGAGAGGGCAGGCGGGUGGCAGUGGCGGAGGCGGCGAGAGGGCAGGCGGGCGGCAGCGGCGGAGGCGGCGAGAGGGCAGGCGGGCGGCAGCGGCGGAGGCGGCGAGAGGGCAGGCGGGCGGCAGCGGCAGAGGCGGCGAGAGGGCAGGCGGGCGGCAGCGGCGGAGGCGGUGAGAGGGCAGGCGGGCGGCAGCGGCGGAGGCGGCGAGAGGUCAGGCGGGCGGCAGCGGCAGAGGCGGCGAGAGGGCAGCGGGCGGCGGCGGCGGAGGCGGCGAGAGGGCAGGCGGGCGGAGCGGCGGAGGCGGCGAGAGGGCAGGUGGGCGGAGCGGCGGAGGCGGCGAGAGGGCAGGCGGACGGCAGCGGCGGAGGCGGCGAGAGGGCAGGCGGGCGGAGCGGCGGAGGCGGCGAGAGGGCAGGUGGGCGGAGCGGCGGAGGCGGCGAGAGGGCAGGUGGGCGGAGCGGCGGAGGCGGCGAGAGGGCAGGCGGGCGGCAGUGGCGGAGGCGGCGAGAGGGCAGGAGGGCGGAGCGGCGGAGGCGGCGAGAGGGCAGGCGGGCGGAGCGGCGGAGGCGGCGAGAGGGCAGGCGGGCGGCAGUGGCAGAGGCGGCGAGAGGGCAGGCGGGCGGAGCGGCGGAGGCGGCGAGAGGGCAGGCGGGCGGAGCGGCAGAGGCGGCGAGAGGGCAGGCGGGCGGCAGCGGCAGAGGCGGCGAGAGGGCAGCGGGCGGCAGCGGCAGAGGCGGCGAGAGGGCAGGCGGGCGGAGCGGCGGAGGCGGCGAGAGGGCAGGCGGGCGGCAGCGGCAGAGGCGGCGAGAGGGCAGGCGGGCGGCAGUGGCGGAGGCGGCGAGAGGGCAGGCGGGCGGCAGCGGCGGAGGCGCCGAGAGGGCAGGCGGGCGGCAGCGGCGGAGGCGGCGAGAGGGCAGGCGGGCGGCAGUGGCGGAGGCGGCGAGAGGGCAGGCAGGCGGAGCGGCGGAGGCGGCGAGAGGGCAGGUGGGCGGCAGUGGCGGAGGCGGCGAGAGGGCAGGCGGGCGGCAGUGGCGGAGGCGGCGAGAGGGCAGGCGGGCGGCAGUGGCGGAGGCGGCGAGAGGGCAGGCGGGCGGAGCGGCGGAGGCGGCGAGAGGGCAGGCGGGCGGCAGCGGCGGAGGCGGCGAGAGGGCAGGCGGGCGGCAGUGGCGGAGGCGGCGAGAGGGCAGGCGGGCAGAGCGGCGGAGGCGGCGAGAGGGCAGGCGGGUGGCAGUGGCGGAGGCGGCGAGAGGGCAGGCGGGCGGCAGCGGCGGAGGCGGCGAGAGGGCAGGCGGGCGGCAGCGGCGGAGGCGGCGAGAGGGCAGGCGGGCGGCAGCGUCAGAGGCGGCGAGAGGGCAGGCGGGCGGCAGCGGCGGAGGCGGUGAGAGGGCAGGCGGGCGGCAGCGGCGGAGGCGGCGAGAGGUCAGGCGGGCGGCAGCGGCAGAGGCGGCGAGAGGGCAGCGGGCGGCAGCGGCAGAGGCGGUGAGAGGGCAGGCGGGCGGAGCGGCGGAGGCGGCGAGAGGGCAGGUGGGCGGAGCGGCGGAGGCGGCGAGAGGGCAGGCGGGCGGCAGCGGCGGAGGCGGCGAGAGGGCAGGCGGGCGGAGCGGCGGAGGCGGCGAGAGGGCAGGCGGGCGGAGCGGCGGAGGCGGCGAGAGGGCAGGCGGGCGGCAGUGGCGGAGGCGGCGAGAGGGCAGGAGGGCGGAGCGGCGGAGGCGGCGAGAGGGCAGGCGGGCGGCAGCGGCGGAGGCGGCGAGAGGGCAGGCGGGCGGCAGUGGCGGAGGCGGCGAGAGGGCAGGUGGGCGGAGCGGCGGAGGCGGCGAGAGGGCAGGUGGGCGGAGCGGCGGAGGUGGCGAGAGGGCAGGCGGGCGGCAGCGGUUGAGGCGGCGAGAGGGCAGGCGGGCGGCAGUGGCGGAGGCGGCGAGAGGGCAGGAGGGCGGAGCGGCGGAGGCGGCGAGAGGGCAGGCGGGCGGAGCGGCGGAGGCGGCGAGAGGGCAGGUGGGCGGAGCGGCGGAGGCGGCGAGAGGGCAGGCGGGCGGAGCGGCAGAGGCGGCGAGAGGGCAGGCGGGCGGCAGCGGCGGAGGCGGCGAGAGGGCAGGCGGGCGGCAGCGGCGGAGGCGGCGAGAGGGCAGGCGGGCGGAGCGGCGGAGGCGGCGAGAGGGCAGGUGGGCGGAGCGGCGGAGGCGGCGAGAGGGCAGGCGGGCGGCAGUGGCGGAGGCGGCGAGAGGGCAGGAGGGCGGAGCGGCGGAGGCGGCGAGAGGGCAGGCGGGCGGCAGUGACGGAGGCGGCGAUUGGGCAGGCGGGCGGCAGCGGCGGAGGCGGCGAGAGGGCAGGCGGGCGGCAGUGGCCGAGGCGGCGAGAGGGCAGGCGGGUGGCAGCGGCGGAGGCGGCGAGAGGGCAGGCGGACGGCAGCGGCGGAGGCGGCGAGAGGGCAGGCGGGCGGCAGCGGCAGAGGCGGCGAGAGGGCAGCGGGCGGCAGCGGCAGAGGCGGCGAGAGGGCAGGCGGGCAGAGCGGCGGAGGCGGCGAGAGUGCAGGCGGGCGGCAGCGGCGGAGGCGGCGAGAGGGCAGGCGGGCGGCAGCGGCGGAGGCGGCGAGAGGGCAGGCGGGCGGCAGCGGCGGAGGCGGCGAGAGGGCAGGCGGGCUGCAGUGGCGGAUGCGGUGAGAGGGCAGGCGGGCGGCAGCGGCGGAGGCGGCGAGAGGGCAGGCGGGCGGAGCGGCGGAGGCGGCGAGAGGUCAGGUGGGUGGAGCGGCGGAGGCGGCGAGAGGGCAGGCGGGCGGCAGUGGCGGAGGCGGCGAGAGGGCAGGAGGGCGGAGCGGUGGAGGCGGCGAGAGGGCAGGCGGGCGGCAGUGGCGGAGGCGGCGAUUGGGCAGGCGGGCGGAGCGGCGGAGGCGGCGAGAGGGCAGGUGGGCGGAGCGGCGGAGGCGGCGAGAGGGCAGGCGGGCGGAGCGGCGGAGGCGGCGAGAGGGCAGGUGGGCGGAGCGGCGGAGGCGGCGAGAGGGUAGGCGGGCGGCAGUGGCGGAGGCGGCGAGAGGGCAGGCGUGUGGCAGCGGCGGAGGCGGCGAGAGGGCAGGCGGGCGGCAGCGGCAGAGGCGGCGAGAGGGCAGCGGGCGGCAGCGGCGGAGGCGGCGAGAGGGCAGGCGGGCGGAGCGGCGGAGGCGGCGAGAGGGCAGGCGGGCGGCAGCGGCAGAGGCGGCGAGAGGGCAGGCGGGCGGCAGCGGCGGAGGCGGCGAGAGGGCAGGCGGGCGGCAGCGGCGGAGGCGGCGAGAGGGCAGGCGUGUGGCAGCGGCGGAGGCGGCGAGAGGACAGGCGGGCGGCAGCGUCAGAGGCGGCGAGAGGGCAGGCGGGCGGAGCGGCGGAGGCGGCGAGAGGGCAGGCGGGCGGCAGCGGCGGAGGCGGCCAGAGGGCAGGCGGGCGGCAGCGGCAGAGGCGGCGAGAGGGCAGCGGGCGGCAGUGGCAGAGGCGGCGAGAGGGCAGGCGGGCGGAGCGGCGGAGGCGGCGAGAGGGCAGGCGGGCGGAAGCGGCAGAGGCGGCGAGAGGGCAGGCAGGCGGGCGGCAGCGGCGGAGGCGGCGAGAGGGCAGGCGGGCGGCAGCGGCAGAGGCGGCGAGAGGGCAGCGGGCGGCAGCGGCAGAGGCGGCGAGAGGGCAGGCGGGCGGAGCGGCGGAGGCGGCGAGAGGGCAGGCGGGCGGCAGCGGCGGAGGCGGCGAUAGGGCAGGCGGGCGGAGCGGCGGAGGCGGCGAGAGGGCAGGCAGGCGGGCGGCAGCGGCGGAGGCGGCGCGAGACCCUCCUCUGAGAGACUGCGAGCGGGGGUGCGUGGCGGCCAGGCUGACUACUCGACAGCCGGUCAGUCGAAUCCUCGACUAA